AUGCGAACGGGAGGCUGGACGGUGCAACAGGCGCUCAGCGGCGACGCGGCGGCGGUGCUGAGGCAGGCGCUGGGCCUGGCCAGGCGGAGGGGCCACGCGCAGGUGACGCCGCUGCAUGUGGGGGCCGCCCUGCUGAGUUCCACACGGGAGGGCGGCGGCGCCGCUCUGUUCCGGCGGGCCUGCCUCAGGUCCCACCCACUCCACCGCGACUCCCCCCACCCGCUCCACUGCCGAGCCCUCGAGCUCUGCUUCACCGUCGCCCUCAACCGCCUCCCCACCAUUCCGCCGCCCUCCUCCGACCACCCCGCCCUCUCCAACGCCCUUGUCGCAGCCCUCAAGCGCGCCCAGGCCCACCAGCGCCGUGGCGGCGCCGACCAGCACAACCACCACCACCAGCCGGCGCCGCCGCAGUCUCCGCCGCUGCUGCCCGUCAAGGUGGAGCUGGAGCAGCUCGUCAUCUCCAUCCUCGACGACCCCGGCGUGAGCCGGGUCAUGCGGGAGGCCGGCUUCUCCAGCACCUGCGUCAAGAAGGCUAUCGAAGACCGGGGCGCCGCCCACCCUUCCUCCACCUUCUUCCUCGACGGCCACCGCCGUCGGCCAGAAACCAUCGUCAACCCGAGCAGCUUCUGCCCUCCUUCCUCUCCUCAGGAGGAGGAGGACGUCGAGCUUCUGACGGAGGCCCUCCUGGGGCGGAGGAACAGGAAGAAGAGCAACGCCGUCGUGGUGGGGGACUCUCUCUCCUACUGCGAGGGGCUGGUGGGGGGGCUGAUGUCCAGGGUGAGGAGGGGGAAGGUCCGGGAGGAGCUCCGAUUGGCGCAGUUUGUCAACUUCCAGCUCUCUCCAGCCAGCUCGACGCUCAUGAACAGGGGCGAGGCGGAGACGACGGUCUCCCACUUGAGGACGAAGGUCGACGCCGUGCUCCCGUGGAGCGGCGUUGUCGUCAUCUACGUGGGCGACCUCCGAUGGGCCGCCGGCGACGAGACGACGGUCGCAGAAGCGGAAGCAGCAGACCAUCUGGUGGCGGAGUUGGCGAGGUUGGUGGCGGAGCUCGAAGCGAGAAGCAGAACCAGAAUCUGGCUCGUGGCCACCGCCAAUUACCAGACCUACAUGAGGUGCAAGACGAGGCGGCCUUCCUUCGAGUCCCAGUGGGCAAUGCAACCAGUGUUUGUCCCCUCAGAUGGGCUUGCUCUCAGCCUCCAUGCUCAAAGGUGAGUCCAUCUCUCUCUCUGUCUCUGUCUGUCUGUCUCUCUCUCUACUGUGUUUCCUCGAUGUGUCAAUAUCUCUGCUUUGCCACUAGUGUAUAUGAGGCACCGCCUUUUCUGCUCUGGUUCCUCUUCUCUUGCCCUCUCCGAGUCAUGUGGGUUUCGAGACCCGCCGUCACCGAAGGAGGGAGGAAACCUCGCUGUCCAUGCAGGACUGUCAUUUUCUUAGCUCCUCGUUCUGGCCAAAGUGUCGCCUCUGUGACGAAGCCCACGCUCUUUAGAAACCCAUCCAUACUCGUACACGAUUUUAGGUAAAAAAAUAAAUAAAUAAAACACCCCAUUCUAUUUCUGGAUAUUUAAUGCUCGAACAGUAGAGAAAACCCAGUUGUAAGAGAAUCCAAGAUCUGGUUUUUUUUCUUACCGGAAGAUGUUCAUGUUCCAUGAUCUCUGAUCACCUGUUGCAGCGCCCGGGAUUCGAGGGUGUCGCGGGAUCCCCUCCAUCCGGCUGAAGAACAACAGCGCGAGCUGAUCUGCGGGGAUGAGAGCUCUUCCGGCGUCGAGGGGGAGGUGUCGAUGUUCAAGCUCGGCCGCCACGGCGCAGCAGCUCCGCCGCUCCAUCUCGACUCGGACGAGCACGAGGAUAGUUCUUCGACCCUGCCCUUCUGGUUGAAAUCGCAGAGACCAGGCGCCCAUCAAGAGGUGAGUGCGUUGUUCUCCUUCCUCCUCCGAUUCUAUGAUCCGGGAAGCUCUCUUCGAUCUCACCGAGGGUCUUCCCGCAAAUUCCAGGGUGCUGUGGCUGAGCUGAGGAGGAGAUGGACCAUGAUGUGGUGCCAAAACCUCGACCGUGACCAGAACCAGCCCCUAUUCAGUCCAAGCCUGCCGUGGAAGAACCAGAACCAGAGCCUCUCCACAGUUUCGAGCCCUUCUCCAUUCGCCGACUCGAUCGCUAAACCCGGCGGCGGGAGUUCCAGCCUCCUGGCGCAGUCGGUGAAGGGAAAUGGGGGAUGCCAGGCGCCGGUGGGUUUAGGGUUCAGGACGGCAACCGACCAGUUCGAUCUGUGGCAAAGCCUGAGGGAGAGCAUCCCCUGGCAAUCUGAGACCGUGAGAUCCGUCGCGGAGGCGCUUCUGAACCAGAGAUUGAACGGGAGGAAGGGAGCUUGGUUGCUGGUGGAGGGGAACGACGGCGUCGCAAAGAGAAGGCUACCGGUGGCGAUUGCACAGUCCAUUUGCGGCUCCGCAGAUCGUCUCACCCAAGUAAACCUAGGGAAACCUCAGAUCAGCUCACAUUCUGAGAUGAUCGUGGAGGCUCUGAGGAAGGACCCCGGUUGCGUUGUCUCCGUCGAGGAGAUCCACCGGGCGGACGCCGAUUUCUUGAAAUUCCUCGCGGAGAUGUUUGAAAACGGAGGGGCGAGGGGCCGAUGCGGAAGGUCCGUCACCUCGUCUCAGGCCAUCUUCGUCCUCGCGACGGGCAGCAAGAGGAGUGCUGAAUCCGACGCUCCCUGGCAGAGAAGACUCAAGAACCAGAGAAUCUCCACAAGAGCCCUCGAUCUCAACGUCUCCGCCGAGGAGGAAGAAGAAGACGCCAUCGCUGGCGACCUCGGAGGAGACCUGUGGAUCCCUCGCGGUUUCCUCCGAUCCAUCGCCGCCCGCGUCGCCAUGGACGCCCGCUGCCCCGAUCUGACGAGAGAGCAACCCCUUCUUUCCGACCUCAACCGUCCUUCUUCCUCGUUCACUUCGUCUCUGUAA